UGAUUACUAACAAGCAAACCAAGGGGAUGCCCCUAAGGUAGUCGAUGAUAACUUUCUUUUACUCUCGAAUAAACUCUAAUCCUGCGAAAUAUGGAACCAGAAGUUAUUCGAUAUCGUCUCAAGAGAAACUAUCUGGCAAUUUUACGUGAUUUGGAGCCGAAGAAAGUCUUAAACUAUCUGUACCAAGAGGAGAUAUUCGACGAAGAUGAACUGGAUGAAGUCCGAAGUGAACGGACGAGGAAAGCCAAAGCGGAAACUUUACUUGCUAUGUUGAUGCGCGGGAAGGGUUUGAGCAGCUAUUCCGUUCUCUUGGAGGCCUUAGAUGAAUGUCAACCACAUCUGGCAGAGAUUCUGAGAACACCUACCCCUUCAGAGAAAGAUAUUCCUUCAAAGCAGGCUGAUCCAGAGGUCAACCUACAUUUUCAGAAAAUGGAGGAGAAAAUGAAGUAUUUGGCCUUAAAGUCUUCUGCCAGUCCAUCAGAAAGCUUCGACGAUCAAGACACUUUCAUUGUCAAGCCAACAAACUUUGAGGAAACAAGAUACUAUCCUGAAGAACUGGAUGAAGUGUACAAAAUGACAAGUUCUCCCAAAGGCUAUGCUGUGAUAUUCAAUUAUAAAAAGUUUGAUUCUAGUUUGAAGUUUCCAUCGGAAAAAUUUGAUGAACGUUUAGGAUCAGACAAGGAUACUGCAUCCUUGGUUCGUCUUUGGAAAGCUUAUGACUUUGAGGUCCCAGAACCUUAUUUGGAUCUUUCUUAUGACGAAACAAAAGCAGCAGUCAAUAAGUUGGCACUGAAGGAUUACAGCCAAUAUGACUGUCUUGCAAUAUUCCUCAUGAGUCAUGGAAAAGAAGAUUUUAUUUACACUUCUGAUGGAGGUGAAUUAAAGAUUAAUGAAAUAAGGAAGAGAUUCAGCAAUGCACUUUGCCGCUCACUUGCAGGAAAACCCAAGUUGUUUUUUAUCCAAGCUUGUCGGGGAGAAAAAAAGGAUUUUGGUACCAUUGUUCAGGAUGGACCUAAACCCCCUGAGGAGCAUCAAGAAACACCCUACAAAUUUGAUUUGUCACCCCAUAAUAAAGGAGCCAGUACAGCAGAGAUGGCAGAUUUUCUAUUGGCAUAUUCCACUGUAGGAGGUCAUGCAUCUUUUAGAAAUACAGCAGAUGGAAGCAGAUUUAUCCGGGCCUUGGUUACUACCUUUGCUUUGCACUCUGGCUCUGAAGAUGUUUUGAGUAUGCUGACUAGGGUCAACCGUGAGGUCAACAGGCAAGGAGAUAUUGGAAACAAGCAAGUAUCACAACCAGAAACAACACUGACAAAGAAAUUGUUUCUCUGGCCUGGACUCAAAUUCGAAUAAUCAUAAGAAUAACUUUGCUUUAACCUAUAAUAGAUGGCCCAUUCUUUUGUAUUGAACAUGUAAUAGAGUACUUGAGGCUCACAAUUUGCUUCUAUCAAGAACUGGAA